AUGAAUAAAGGGUACAUUAAAGUCGUUUUUUUUGUUUUAAGUUUGUUUGUAUAUGUGGACAAUAGAACCCAUGCAACCGAGCCCGCUUCAAGAAAAGGCAUACGCAAAAAUCCACCAACCAAAGUUGCACCAUCCAAAAGUUCUACAGACAAAGCUAAUUCAGAUAGUAUUAUUCUAGAAAAUGAUGAUUUGGAUGAAAUAUAUGAACAGAAUAAGAACUUAUUAUGUAAAUAUCCUGAAGAAACGAAAAAGGUAACAAAGGUUAUGGACGAAGCUAUAGCGACUUUAAAGGAAUAUGCUACAACUGAAGAUGGAUAUGUCUUAUCUUACAAUUAUGAUAAUAAUGGAACCAAAUAUUAUAAACAACAUGGAAAGGCAGAGAUCGGAAAGCUUAUUCUUAAUUUCCCCGAUUCCGAUAGGUAUAAUGAAAUAAUAAACAUACUAUGGGAUCCCAAUGGUGCCAAAAUUUUCGAUCCGAAUUUUAUUGAAGGAAAAGUUAUCCGUGUCUACAAUCCAAAUUUAGCAAUGAUACAAAAACGCUACAAUUCCCCGGAGCUACGAUUUCAAGGAUAUUUUUAUGCUUUAACUAAAAAAAUCAAGGUAUCCGAAGACACAACUAUAAUAGUCUUUGCUUCAGCAAAUAUAGAUGAUCAUAACUCUAAAGAUAAAGAAAAAUAUACAAACCCUAUUUUAAAGGAAAUAAACACAUAUAAAACCUACAUUAAUUCUGAUAACUAUAUUCGAUGUGGAAAAUUAAAAAAAACUUUUGUUAACUUAUCCGGAUUUCUUAUUGAAAAAAAAGAUAAACACAUUGAUAUCACAUGUAUUAUCUCUAUGGAUUAUCGUGUAUCACCUUUCCUAAGUUACGUGGCUAAGAAUGUUAUGCUAGGUACAUUGACGACUUUUAUAAACUUAAAACAACUUUUGUUAAAGAAGUAG